GCGAAAUUUUCAAAGAAAUUCUUUUGCGGUCUUUGAUUACCUGCUCCGUAAGCAGAACAGUAGAAGAAAAGAGACUCAGCAGAGAAUAGCUUUUCUCUUUUGCCAAUUUUUUCCUUCUGCCACUUUCUUCUCAAUUUCAAUUACUAGCUUUUGAUUGUUAUUUCUCUCUCUUUUUACCUGAUCUGGGGUUGAUGAUUUCACUUGUUUCUUUUGGGGAGCUUGAAGAGGAAGUUGUUAGUGAGAGAGAGCUUUGGUAAUAGAGAAGAAGAUUGUCAUGGUUAUAAUGUCUUUGAUGAUGGUGAUGAUGACGAUGGAGAAGAAUGUUACUCUUUUGACCAGAGAAAGAGAUCAGAUAAAGAGCCAAAGUAAAGCACACGACGUAGAAAAGUUGUCCCCUUUGAUAGUCAUGGUUCCUUGUGUUUGUCAAUGAAAGAUAGAGACCUUAUGCCCUCUUUUUUAUUUUUCUUUUCCUUUCCCACACGUUUCUUGUCCCGUGGAAGUGAUGUCUCUUAUUAUUCUCUAAUUUCUCUUUUCAAUUCUCGGCGUGGGUUUUUAUUGGAUUAGAUUCAUUUGCUUCUCCUUCCUCCUCCUCUUCUUCUUCUUCUUAUUUAGUGGCUAUAAUAUCCAAAAGGGUACUCCAAAAUGCCGAUUUUUAUGCCUAAUAGCCAUAGAAGAGAAGGAAGUAUAAAACUAUAUCUGGGUAGUGGUGGGCAAGUGCUAGAUCUGGAAACUGCCGUUAAAGAUGGCAUUUUAGGCGGCAAUGGUGGUGGCGGUGGUGUGAUUUCUACAGCCGGUAUCGAGAAAUUGGAUCUCAAGAUGAUGAUUGAAGAGCUUGAAUCGAUGGAAGUGCCGUCUGUGUUCAUUUGCCCAAUCUCAUUGGACCCAAUGCAAGACCCAGUCACUCUCUGCACUGGCCAGACCUAUGAGAGAUCCAAUAUCCUUAAAUGGUUCUCUCUUGGUCGCUAUACUUGCCCAACUACAAUGCAAGAGCUUUGGGAUGAUGCGGUCACUCCAAACAGAACCCUACAGCAGUUAAUUUACAGCUGGUUCUCGCAAAAGUAUUUGGCGAUGAAGAAGAGAUCGGAGGACGUGCAAGGAAGGGCUAUUGAGCUUUUGGAGACUCUUAAGAAGGUUAAGGGUCAAGCUAGAGUUCAAGCUUUAAAAGAGCUUAAGCAGGUUGUCACUGAACAUGACACGGCCAGAAAGGCAAUGCUAGAUAAUGGCGGCAUUGCCUUGGUUUCUUCCUUUUUAGGUCCUUUUACUACACAUGCUGUUGGGUCUGAGGCUAUUGGGAUUCUUGUGAAUUUGGAACUUAAUUCCACAUCGAUGUCAAAUUUGAUGCAACCUGCCAAGAUUUCUUUAAUGGUAGAUAUACUAAAUGAGGGUUCCAUCGAGACCAAAGUUAACUGUACAAGAUUGAUUGAAAUGUUGAUAGAAGGUAAGGAUUUGGAGGCUGAAAAUAUGUCAAGUUUGAGCCUUUUAGUUGGUUUGUUGAGAUUAGUGAAAGAUAAGAGACACCCAAAUGGGGUAUUGGCUGGACUUGGUUUGUUGAGAAAUCUUUGUUCACACGAUUCUGUAAGAAACUCCAUUUUAAGUAUUGGGGCAGUCCCACAACUUGUGGAGCUGUUGCCUAGUUUGAAUAAUGAGUGUUUGGAUUUAGCACUUUAUAUACUAGAGGUUCUUUCAACUAUUUUAGAAGGACGAGUGGCUUUGAAGGAUUGUGCACAUACCAUUCCGAAUGUGGUGAAGUUAUUGAUGAAAGUAUCUGAGAGGUGUACUCAGCUUGCUUUGUCAAUUUUGUGGGCAGUUUGUCAGCUUGCACCAGAAGAAUGUGCUGCAAUUGCUGUGGAGGCUGGUUUGGCGGCCAAGCUGCUGCUUGUAAUACAGAGUGGCUGUAAUCCUGAACUGAAGCAGAGGGCAGCUGAGCUAUUAAAAUUAUGUAGUCUGAAUUACACAGCUACUAUCUUCAUUUCCAAGUGUAAGCUUACCAGAACGAUACAAUGAAGAAAAAAUAUGCCAAUUUGUUGAUAAUUAAAUAUAUACACCAUCUCUUUUUUUCCUUGUGUCAAGAGGCAAAGGUUGUAGAAUGAAAUCAACUGGGGUUUCUAAGGUAACCCCACUUUCUCUUCGUUGUGAAUAUCAAACAAUUAUAUUGGUUUCACUAGACAGAAAAGCUUCAUAAUGUGUAUGUUUAGGCUAACUGCAUAUGCUGUAGUUAUUAUUUAUUGAUCCACUGUGCAUAAAUUGGGGCUUUUGCUCAUGUUUCACCUUCAUUUUCUACAUCCUGUGUCAAUUCAUGCAAUGAUGAGCUCCCA